GAUAGGCCAGGGGAGUCUCGCGAUACCACACGCAUCUCAUUCGAGAUAAACUGGAGGGAUUUCUGGAGUAUGGAGUAUGUGCAGCUAACACGCUAGCAGAGUUAUAAGAACUUAUCUACAACUAACCUUCUUCUCUUGAAAAAACAAGUCAACAACGAGAAAGUCAAUUUGUGCAUCGCAACACCAGAGAUUCUCAGCAUGGAUUUAGACGAUAACACCACCGUGUUAACAACCUUGAAGUCCUUCAAUUCCUUCAUAAGCAGCUCUGAAGCUCCACAGAGGCUGUCAGAGCAGCCAGCUGGGACUGGAAACCUGCAGAGUCAGUUCAAACGCAGCAUGGAGUUGUUGGAAGCAGCAGAGAGGGUUCAAUCUCAGAAUCGCUACCUUCAGAUGGACCAGGAAAAGAAGCAGAUGGAGCUCAGUCAUAAGCGAGCUCGAUUUGAACUGGAGAGGGCGGCAUCUGAUAGCGCAAGAGACUUGGAGCAUGAGGUUGACAGGAACCAGGACCUCUUGGGAAGAAUCAAAAAGUUGGAGGAGAGAGAGACCGAAGCGGUGAAGAACCUAUCGGAGCAGGUGGAUGCUAAUCGAUCUCUCCGCAAGAAUCUGGAGGGGAUGAACAAGAAACUGGAGGAGAGAGAAAGUAGAUUAAACACUGCUAAUCAGACGAUUAGUUCUUUUAAGGAUGAAAUCAGAGAGCUGAAGCAAAAGAUCCAAAAUCAAGACUUGACAAUUUCUUCUCAAACUCUGGAAAACCAGGAACUGCAGGAGCAGUUAGAUUUACAAAACAGGAAGUACAAAGAAGUGUCACAGCUCUGCCAGAGUCUCCAAGCUGCUCAGUCUUCUUGCUCAGAGCACAUCAUCAAGAUAAAGGAGUUAGAGAGGCGUCUGACCCUCCAGGAACAAGACAUUGCCAUUGUGAAGACUGUGAAGUCUGAAGUGGCAAAGGUGCCAGACCUGGAGAAGGAGUUGAAGCGCCUCAGAGAGGAUAAUGCCUUCCUCAGGGAGAGCAGGGAGAACUGCAGCCUGUUGAAAGAGGAGGUGGAGGGGCUGAGGAGGAAGCUGGAGAGGAUGGAAAAAACAAAAGAAGAACUAGUUAAUAUAGAACUAGAGAAGGAGAGGUUGGCAGAGAAACUCCAUGCCUGGGAAAACCUGGGGCAAUCUACUGGACUCAACAUCAGGAAACCAGAGGAUCUGUCCAGGGAGGUGAUUCAGAUCCAGCAGAGAGAAAUUGCUCUGAAAGAGCAGAACUACACACUCAACAGCCGAGUGAGAAGUGUGGAGCGUUCGCAGUCAGAGCUCCAGGCAGAGCUGACCCAGCAGCGCGGUAAGACAUUGGAGGAGCAGAAGAAGAGAGAGACGCAGGACUCGCUUGUCCGUCGACUACAGAAGAGAGUGCUACUUUUGACCAAGGAGCGAGAUGGAAUGCGUUCCAUCCUAGAGUCCUAUGACAGCGAGUUGGCGCCGACCGAGUACUCCCCUCAACUAAGCAAACGUCUCAGAGAGGCGGAGGACAUUUUGCAGAAGACACAGAACCACAAUGCAGAGAUGGAGGUCCAGUUGACCAAAGCACAGGAGGAGACACGCUCUCUGAAGCUGCAGUUGCAAGCAGUGGAGCUGGAGCUGGAGUCUGUAAAGAAACAGCAGGCCUCUGCUGCUGACGGCAACUCUUCAGUGGCCAAAGAAGAGGUCAGCGUACUCAGACAGAAAAUCGAGGAUUUAGAGGCGGAGCGGCAACGUUUAGAGGAGCAGAACAACAUCCUGGAGAUGAGACUGGAGAGACACAACCUACAGGGAGACUAUGAUCCAGUCAAAACCCAAGUUCUCCACUUCAAAAUGAAUCCCACAAGUGUUGCCAAGCAACAGCGCCAGCAGGAAGUAGAAUGUCUUCGUGAGGAAGUGGCAAGUCUCAGAGAACUGGUGCGCAUGCUGCGGGAAGGAGGCACUGUGGUCCAUUCACAGGACGAGUCAAGCAUGCAAGUCUCCGGCCUCGGCCUCAGUCUGCCGCCAUCCAAGGAGGUGCUGGAUUUACGUAAGCAGAUGGAGAGUUCGGAGCUCAGGAACCAGAGGCUGAAAGAGGUGUUUCAGAGGAAGAUUCAGGAGUUCCGCACAGUCUGCUACCUCCUGACCGGCUAUCAGAUGGAUAUCACCACUGAGAACCAGUACAGACUCACUUCAGUCUAUGCAGAGCACAUGGACGACUCCCUGCUAUUUAAAAAGAGCUCCAAUGGCAGCAUGCAGCUCAUGGAAACCGAGUUCUCCAAAACUCUGGAUGAGAUGGUGGCGCUUCAUCUGCAUCACCAGAAGAGCCUCCCAGCAUUCCUCUCAGCUGUGACUCUUGAUCUCUUCAGCCGACAAACCACAAUCUGAAGUAAUCUGACACCAACUCAGACACUGGGUUGACAAAUUUCUCAUGGGAUUAUGAUGAUUUUUUUUCCUGUUUCUUCUUUUUCUUUCUCAUCCGACAUUCACACAGCGUAAGAAACUCGCUGGUGUUUCUCAGACUCUCUGACAUGAACGGUGCAGUCGGUGCUGUGCUUUGGAUAAAAACACCUUGUUUUGUGGAAAGCUUCUAUCGUUCACUUAGGCUUAGACAGCAAACUUCAUAUCUCUAUUUGUUCUCUGAAUAUUUCAUCAAUAAACUUUUUUUAAAAACAUUUUUCUGAACACCAGAACAAGGUUGUCUUUAAGUUGAAGCACAUAUGCCCAUUUGUCUGUGGAGUUUUCUUUUUGUUUGUUUUUUUUUACAGUGGUUUUGUGUUUCUUUGGAUCUGCAGAAGAUGUCUUUUGCGAGGCGAGGUCUUUGGUGUACAUUCUGCCUUUACUGCUUUCUCUCUGGGACCUUUAAAUAAAAGGCUUUGCAGACAGUCGAUGUUUUUGGGUUACAGCUAGUCCUAACCAGGAAGACAUGAAAUCCUCUAAAAUACAAAAUCUUUUUUUUUUACAUUCUUUUACAGAGUUAAUCAGAUUUUAAAGCAGUUAUCAACAGUAUCCUAUUUAGUUAUGUCAUUUUAUUUAUUUAUUUUAAAUCAUUUAGUUAUUUGAAUCAAUACAGUAUGUGUCUUGAUUUGCUAAAGAAAAAGUCUUGAGAGGUUUCCCGCCCUCGUCUCUCCCAUAGGGUGUCAUGUUAGGGCGCGGUCACACUGGCCAUCUGUUACGUGCCGUACUCGAGCACGAUUGGCCCCCCGCUGCGCCAUUCCCACGCUGGCCGGCACGGCCCACGAUGACACUACACAGGAUUAUCCGUGCUUAAGCACGAUUACCUCUUGUACAUAACGUCGUAAUACAACGCAUGCACGCUUUAUGUUAUUAUGAAGCGUGCUCAGUUAACAUAGUCAGAGAGAGAGAGAGAAUCAUCACUCUUCUUGUUGGGACUUUAUUAAGCUGGUCUGUAAUCAUUUUAAAUGAAUAUUAGAACAGAAACACAUUAGAAUUGUGUGGAGCUAUUCUAGAUAAAAAAAACUCAGAUGGAGAGAAGUCUGUUCGCAAAAUGCAAAUGCAGGUAAUUUUGUUCUGUUGGAUAACCUCAAAAUCAAAACACAUAUGACUGUCACUUACAGUACUGUUAAAUAAAGAUGAACAGAGACACUGCUGAACAACAUUUUUACUUGGGGCUAGAAAACCAACUUCUUACAUGAAAACAGUUUUACACAGUGUACACAUUCUCCUCACCUACUUGAUACAUUUUUAUUGGUAUAUUUUAAAGUCAUCAAACAAAGCUAAAACACUGACAUUCAUAUUACCAUGGAUGCUAAACUGUUUAAAAAGUAAAAAACUCAAAAUGUUUUUUUCUUCCCGUUAAUACAUGGAAAAAGUGCGUGGAUAUGAAUUGGAUUUUUUAAAAACAACAAUCAUUGAAUAUCCCCUGCAUUGUAGUUGGUUUUGAUUGUGCCUGUGUGCAUUGGUACGAGUACAAACACCAGAUUAGACCAGAGAAAUAUUAGGCAGUAAUAAAAAGUAAUGGCACAAGCACACAUGGGGGUGAGGAGGCAGCAAGGGAGCAAUCCAAUAAAAGUGAGAAACAAAAGGAAGUGAACUGAGAAUAAAACCACUUAUCACAGCCGUAAUAUAAGAUCUCCAGCUGAGGCAGCCGUAUGUCUCAAGAGAAAACAUAUUCCCCUCUAUGGUACAUGCCACAUACUGUCCUUGUUUUUUUUAUACUGUUUCUUUUCUCCACACACUCAUUACUUUUCACAACACAGCACAUCCUCUGCACACUCUGCAGCUCUCACCUAGAAGUGAUAUUUUACAGGCUUUCAUAUGAGCUGUGCAAAAUAAACAAAAACAAACAAGCUCCUUCUGCACUGCCUGAUGAAAUAACGAUAUAUCAUUUUUGUCAGCAUCUGAUAAGAUAACUGUAUCCUCUUGAUGUUUAACAUUUGAAUUUCCACUGUAAUAAAUAAAGCAAGUGUGGAACUGA